AUGGCUGCUGAAUAUCAGGCGGUCGUGGAUGACUUCCGCAGCAACGGGGGCAGCAAGGUCAAGCUGAUUUCCAGCGAGGUGGACUUCGGUGUUUACGGCCGUUUCUUACUGGCCUCAGCAGCCAGAACGAGGUACGUGUACAUAGUCGACGACGACGUCUCUUUCCCCGUCUCUGCCACAGGCCAGUACUUGCGCCACAUCCGCAAACAGCCAGGAGUUUGGGGGCAUGCUGGACACAUCCGCCGGGGUGACCCGGAGAUAGCGAGAUGGGUGGACCGACCAAAGAAGCCGGUAGCUGUUGACUACGCCAAUGCUGCGUGGUUCUUGGAAACACGGUGGAUCGCCUCCGCGUUCUUGCGUGAGCCCCCGCUCUCUCGACUGACGGGCGAAGACAUGCACUUGAGCUACAUGCUCCGGAAAGUUCUAGGACUGCAGACCUGGGUCGUCGGCUGGAAGCGCGACAAGCAUCCACUCAGCCGCUACCGGCUGAGCAUGACUGACAGGACGACCUUAACUCCACCGAUUUUCUCUUUCAGAUCUUUUCUCGCACGAGCUCAGAUGGCACGAGGACCAGCACUGAGGUAUCCUCCGAGCUUGGAUGCUUUGGCUUUCGUCGAGACCAUCGAUCAGGUACAGAGCGUGCUGAAAAUGGUGCGCCAGUGUCCGAAGGCCUCCGGACGACCCGACAGCCUCGCGCUGCUUCACACAGGAUUGCCUACCACAGACGUGGAGGCACUGGCUGCAGAUAUUUGUGCGGAGCUGGCAACAUCUUGCCACUUUGUCCCGUUUGAAGUUUGUGGUGAGGUUUGCGAGGAAAUGGGCUUCGCGCGAGUAACGACCCUGAACAUGCGGGUGGGGCAGCCCGCCCUCAGUUUCAACGACACUGCAAGCCUCGGAUUUCUUGCAGCAGAUGCGCUGGAGGCUGCCUUUGGUCUCCUACAAGAACUUCGUGUGGCACAGCUGUGGUUGCCAUGUAAAGACACGUGGACCUCUCGAGCCGUGCACCUGGCCGCCGAGUUGUACACGGAGGGGGAAUCAGGUGAACUUGUCACCAUCCUCGUCCCAUGUCAAGAUGUUCGUGAAGAGUUGGAUGGACUGGCCGCAUCUUCCCCGCAGCGGGCGACAUCGCUGCUCGUUGCGCUACGACACUGGCCUGAGGCCCUUGAAGCACUGCAGGCUUUGGCCAAGCUUCAGCUGCAAGUCAAUGAGAUCCACUACAAUGUGGUGCUCAAGGCUUGUGGCUGGAGGCAGAGCUGCUUUGUUCUGGAGGCAAUGCAGGCAUGCGGCAUCAAGCCCGACGAGAGAUCCUUCUCGGCUGCCAUCAAUCCUUGCCGAGGAGGUGGUCUUUGGGAGUUGGCAUUCGAGCAUGUGCGAGCAUCCUGGCAGACAUGGCUCAAGCCAAAGCACAGUAUGCGACUCGAUCGCAGCCCAGAUCUUGUAGACACUCCUGUCAGCAUCCUGGAGAAUGCCAUCCCUGCUCGCAAGCGUAAUCUGAACUGCACCACCUUGUCGGAAUCGUAUUACAUGCAAGGCGAGCUGGGUUUGCUGCAGGCAAGAGGAAGGCACAGAUCAGUAUCCGCUCGCGAGCUUUCACGCCUGGCAACAGGGCUCUUCAUUCAAGGGAACGACAGACUGGCUCAUGUUGGGGUCCAGUGGAGCACAAUCAGCGAUGUUCUUCUCAACGUGGAGUCCACUUCCACGGUCUCCACGAUAUGUGAAGGUGGCGGUGGAUUCAUUGACUUCACUUCAGCUCUGGACAGCUGUGGUGAGCGAGUUAAGAUGCAAUUCUGCACGGAGGAAGGUCUAGGUGGCCGCGGUGGUGAGCGCCUUCCGAAUGAUGUGGUUGCAUUCGGUGCCGCGGUUGGCGCAGUCGCAAGCACUGGAACCUGGCCACUUGCUUUGCACACCGCGACGAGCAUGGCCACUGCGCAGGUGAGCCUGAACUCCAGGGUCCUGACACCACUGCUGAGCGCAUGUGAUGCCGGCCUGGUUUGGUCCAAGGCCAUUCAGUACUUGCGUGCGGCACCAAUCGCGGCUUGGUUUCCGAUUAUCGCUUCUGUUAAUCAUUCGUUCUACAACUAUUCCAGUGAUGAUGCUUUGGGUGGGCAUGCCGUGCCAACAGAGCUCGUGGGCCACAUUCUCCAGUUUGUGAUACGUGCCGAUGUGAGGCCAGACCGUGUCGCGCAUCGUAUCGCCGUCAGCGCAUGUACAACUGUCAGCGCCUGGACACGGGCUCUGCACCUGGGAGCCGGCGGACAAGCGGCGGAGCGGGCCCGACAAUGGCAGGUGGCACUUGCACUUCUGCGUGCGACACCUUGCGUGGAUGAGGACCUGAGCCAAAGAGCCUGGGCACUAGCCAAAUCACCGGAGUCUGCGAGGCCAGAGACAGCAGCGCAGGCUUCGAGCAUCCGGCAAGAGGCAUUUGAGAUAACAGAGUCGGCCCUGCAGGCCAUGAACACGUUCCAGGCCUCUGAGCUAGCGAGCUUGGUGUGGUCUUUGGCCUCCAUCACUUGCGCGGAGCCGCGCCUGCUGGCCAAAUCUUUCGAGUAUUUGCUUCACAACCACCGCGUGCGGGGUCUGCCGUUCCGAGAGCUCGCGAGCCUUGCGAUGUCAUCUGCCGGCAGCUGCUUCGAGAAUUGUGCCAGCAGCCUGCAAGCCGUCCGCUUAUUCCAAGCUGUGCAAGAUGAGUUGAUCUCACAAGCCGCAAGCUCCCAGCUGCCAGCAGCGCCUGCCGUGCUUCAGGAUCUUGCAGCCCGUGUGCUCGAUACGGUGUGGGCAUGCCAAUUUUCGGACCAGCUGGGGAAACGGACAGUACGUGCAGCGAGGACGCUGCUGCAAGACAUCGGGAGCCGAUUCUCUCCGAGUGUCUCACUCGUUUCCACGCAGCAGGCAAGACAAGGAGAUCCGAUUGGUCCUGGAUUUCCUCAUGCGGUUCUCGAGUUGGGCGACCGGUGCGUCAUCUACAAGCCACCAUCACUUUGGCAGGUCGACGAUGGGAAGGACGAGCCCCAGGACGCGUCCCUGAGGCUGUCGCACUUCACCCAGGCCCUUUACCCACCUCGCUGCUGGCCGAUUCUGAAGGAUCGAAGUCACAGCCGUGGCUUCUUGCAUCGUUUGGACAUCCCUACAUCGGGCUUGAUUCUCACAGCCAAGACACACCGUGCCUUCUAUGAUUUGAGGCUGCAGUUGUCACUCGGUCAGAUGAUGAGAGAGUAUUGUGUUCUGAGCCAUGGCUUCGCGCCGUUUGCGCGAAGCGCCAUUCGCUGCCGCGUCCACUGGUUCGGAAAUGGAAGACAGGCCGCCAGCAUCGUCGCAGCUGCUGGACGCCCAGCUAGCUCAAAACUCAAGGUCCUGGGCGUGGGGCAUUUCACCGAGCUGGUGUUGAGCCUGCUCGCCAUUCACAUUCUCACCGGCCGGCAGCACCAGAUCCGACUGCAGAUGUCUCAUGUCGGCCACCCCACCGUCUCCGACAAGAGAUACUUCUCCCUCCCGAACUGCUUGCAGGACCUGGCCUGGUGCCCGCGAAACUUCCUUCAUCGCUAUCGCUUGACUUUCUUGGACCGUGACGCUCGGCCUGCAGAGGUCAGGGAGCCUUUGCCCUGCGACCUCCGCGGAGCUUUGGGGCAGGUUCGCCCACUACGCUCAGAGGCAGCCUUCAGGAGCUGGAUGGCAGCGGAGCCGCCGAAAGGUUGGAGUGAACUAGCCUCGGUGCAAAAGGCUUUGUGCCAAGUGCUUCUGCUUCAUGGAGGGGAGCUGCCUGUAUCCAUCGCCGGUGAUGAGCUUCGAAGGCGCCAUUCGCAGAUCUGGAAGGACUGGAAGAGCAAGGUGCCGGAUGCUAGCCUUCUUCGGCUUUGUUCUGCUGCACAGCCGUACGGCUUGUCCCUGGAGAAUUUGGAAUCUUUGGACGAGCAGGCAGCCAGCUCUGGCGAGCCAGUGAUACGAUUGCAACGAUCAGAAGCAGAAACUGGCUCCUUCGUCCCACUGGGAGGAUAUGAUGCAGCGGACAGCCAACAAGAAUUCCCGGAAGAGUCCAACUUCUUGCGUUCUGCCUUGGUCUCUCGCUUCGAGCGACACCCCAGUGGUUCUCAAGGUGGUGCCGUGCCUGUAGCGUGGUUGACCAUCGCCCUGGAAAAGGAGCUGCUCCGGCAUAUUCGCUUCUUCCCGCAGUACGAACAGGCUGCCGUUGCCAUCGUGCCUGAGCUCGGGGCGAUCUUGGUAGAGACAUCUGCAGCCACAGCCACUUCACAGACGGCCAAGGCUGUAAGAAAGCAGUGCAUGGCAAAUCGCCUAGUCGCUUUCCUACUUCAAGGCGCGGACUUCAUCUAUGAGCCCGCAGAGACUGAGGAGCCAGCUGCCCGGCUCAUGCAGGGCCUGGUACGACGGACGUCGGAAGCGUUUGCGAAAGAGUCUUUCGCACCACGAGCAGAAGAUUGCCAGGCUUCUCCCCUGACGUCACGACCGCCACCUGCAACGUCGGUUGGUGAAGGGCGGCGCACAUGGAGGCGUGCUAUGGCAGAGAUGCCAAGGUCAACAAACGAGCUGACUGAGACCUUAAAGCUCUUCCGCGCCGCAGAGAUUUGGGUCCUCUUCCUCCGAGCGCAGGGCUCCCGAAGCAAGGAAGCGGCGCUCAUGGCUUUGGGAUUCGAGGUUGCGGCGCUGCAUGCUGGAAUUCAGCCAUCAUGCUGGAGGGAAGUAGCACCCGGGUUGGUGGUGCUUGCAACAAGAGAAGGAUCUUUGGAGCAGUCCUUCUUGAGUGCUGCCGGCAGCCUAACCGCGCUUCGAAGGCCGCCGGUGAGGCUGUCCAAGCAUGCAGCGUUCGAAACCUCCCCGGAGCUUGCCGCAGCUGUUGCCGAGUUUUUGGCCUUGCAAGGAUGUAGUACUUGGUGGUUGGAGGUCCUGCUCCGUGAGCCUCCAGUCGAUGCCUCGCUGCUGCCCUUGAAACCCUGCCACGGAGCAGACAUGGCAUUGGACGUAGUUGCUCUCGCUGGGCCUGACCUAGCCAGGAAGCUUCAACGACAAUCUUCGGGGCCAGGGCAUGUCCACUUGGUGGCUUUCCAGGCAGGUAGCACUUCGUAUUUGGUCGGCCAGGAGGUUGCAAUCGCGAACGGCCCCUGCCUGCCAGCAUCGUGGCAUCAGAUGUGGUCUAGUCGGAACUUCAAGUUUUCCGCGGGGCUUGAUUCUUGGGUGGCCAGCACAGUCAUCUCCAUCGCUUUGCUGGAGUGCGAGAAGGGCAAGGGAUCCAGGGCGUCACGGUCCCUGUUGGAUGCCUGCUGUGGAAGUGGUACCCUUGCAGCUGUUGCCGCAGCCUCGGGCAGGUUUGCCACUGUCAUGGCCAGCGACAUAAACUCUGCCUUUGCCGAGCGUGCACAGGAGAACUUCAGGCUGUGCAGCUUUGGAACAGAGAUCCAAGUGUUGAUUCAUGAUGCGACGACCAGCUUUGCAGACUUAGUUGAACAACCCGAUGUCGUGGUUGCUAACCCACCAUGGGGUUGGCGCAUCGGCUCUGGUUCUGACACUUCGCUGCAGAUCAUCCGCAACUUGAUGCGUGAGUUUCCCGAGGCAGUCAUUGCUUUGAUUUGCCCGGAGCUCGUGUCGGAUCAGGCAGAAAGUGAGAAGUGCUGCAGUGCAGGCAAAUCUGCGGGGUGGGAGUGUGAGAUGGUGAAUGGCUUGGUCGUCAAUCGGAUUGGCGUUGGACUUGUGCUAUACAUUGGUUUCAGGGACGGAGACACUGGCGAUGAGCUGAAGACCCUGGCCGCGAAGGUCGCGAAGGUGCAGCUGUGGCCGGAUGUGUCGCUUGUAGGCAGCGAUGGUGACAGCAAUGCAGAUCCGCCAAGGCCAAGUAACAUCGUGGACUGUGGCUACGAGGUGCUUGUCGUCCUCCAGCAGUCGCUUCAUGCCACGUUUCCUGGGCCGCAGCCGUCCCAGCGCGAGGCCAUGGAUGAAACCGAGGCGCAGCUUCUGUUCCAGGAGUUUCUGAAGCAGCUGCGCGUGCGGUACCAGGAGGAGAUGGUGGUGGCAGCGCCCUUCGGUGAAGGAGUGCGCGUGGAAACUUCGAGUGAUGGCACGGGUCUUUUCGAUCUCUCCGUGCUGAAUGAGCCCCGUGGACCAGCUCGCGCUGGAAAAGCUGCCGGCCGGCCUCCCGCUCCGGGGAAGACAGCGCAGGCGGGCGGGAUCAGCGUGGAGACGGUCAGCAAAGCGCUGCGCAAGCUCGGCCAGGUGCACAGGAGCAAGCUUGAAAAAACGAGCUCGCAGAUUUACAUGGCCAUGGGCACGAAAAAGUUUCGGGACACGCUCGCCGAAGCCACACAGGACGUCGCCACCGACUUCGCAGAAGCUUUGGAUUCAGCUUCGCACUACUUCUCAGAGCGGCAGCAGGAGCAAAUCACAGCCUGGACGGGUUUGGCCAUGUCAUCGGCAGCCGAAGAGCCGUUUCGGCUUCAACGUAGAGUUGCGGGCAUCGGAGCGAUGCCGUGCAGAAUGCAGUGGGUGCGAGCUUUGGCGUUGGUCCUUGUCGUCACUGCUAAUGGCGCGGCCACACCCGUCCAGAAGGUCCUCACGGCCCUGGAGAGUAUGAAAACCACCAAGUCCAAGGAAAUGCAGGACGAGAAACUACAGUUCGCAAAGUUCGAGCAGUUCUGCACCAGCGAGCUGGGCUACAAAAGAGCCGAUCUCAAGGAGCUUUCCAGCAAGAUCGAGUUGACCAGAGCGGACAUUGACAGCUUAGACGCAGAGGCCUCGCGACUCUCGGAGGAGAUUGCCGGCCACGAGGCCCAUACUGCCAAGCUGGAGAAGAGCAAGGCCAAUGCCACGGAAGUCCGUGAGGCUGAAGCAGCCGACUACGACGCCUUGAAGACCGACCUGGGAGAGUCCGUGACAGCAAUUGAUGCUGCCCUGAAGACCUUGCAGGAGCAGGACUAUGACCGGGAGCAGGUCUUGGUUCAGGUGCACCGCGCUGCAGAGCUCGCACACCUCUCCGAAGAGGACUUGGACAGCUUGUCCAAGGUGUUCUCCAUGGAGAAGCCAACCGCCCCCAAGGCAGAUGCAUAUGAGUUCCAGUCCGGGAACGUCAUUGAGAUGCUGAAGAUGCUUCAAGCCAAGUUCGUCAACCAGACGGCCGAGGCUGACAUGGCCGAGACCAAGAAGAAGAACAGCUACAACCUUCUGCUGACGAGCCUGAACAAUGGGAUUGAUGUCUCCAAGAAGGCCACAGAAAAGAAGGGCACCUUCAAGAGCUCGACCCUGAGCCAAAAGGCGGAGAAGGAGGCAACCAAGGCAAAGUUGGACGAGGACUACACAGCGGACCAGAAGCUCGCCAGCGAUUUGGACACCGAGUGCAAGGUCAAGGCCAGCGACUUCGCAGAGCGCCAGCGGCUGCGCUCCGACGAAAUGACGGCCAUAACGCAGGCUCUGAAGAUCAUUUUGUCGAGAACCUCGCCGUAUCUCCAUGCAGGCACUUCCUUGGCGGCGCUCCGCGCCGAAGGCCGGCGGCAAGACCCUGUCUUGGAUCGCACACUGCGCUUUUUACAGGCACAAGCCACGGCGCUGGACAGCACCACCCUGCGGGUUCUGGUGGAACGGCUGAGGCAGAAGGACGUGCCGGAUGGCGCAGCAGGUCCUGUCCAGAGGAUAGCUGCCAUGCUCAAGGAGCUGAUGUCCAAAAUCAAGAACUCUGAUGUGGACGAUGCUUCCCAGCAGGUUUGGUGCGACAAGGAGCUCAAGACCAACGGCGAGGCCCGUGAAACGAAGACGAGCGAGAUCGAGGAGCUCAAGGCCGAGAUCGACCGCCUCCAGGCCCUCUUGGCAGAGCUGGGCGAAGAGAACAGCAAGCUAGCUUCGGACAUCUCUGCGCUGGAUAAGAGCAUCAAGGAUACCACGGUUAUGAGAGAGGAGGAGAAGGCUGCCAAUCUGAAGAACCUCCACGAGACCACUGAGGGCAAGGAGGCCGUGGCAGAAGCGACGCAGAUCCUGCGAGACUUCUACAGUAAUUUGGGGCCCUCCUUCGUCCAGCUCAGGAGCAAUGAGAGCCACCAUCAGGACAGCCGAAAGCCCGAAUUCGCUGCCGGCGACUAUGGCGACUCGGGGCAGAGCAAAGUGCUCGAGCUGAUGCAGGAGAUGACAGCCGACCUUGCUCAGGAGGCUAACGAAAUCCAGGCCACAGAGAACACUGCCGAGAAGGAGUUCCAGACCUUCCUUGCGGAUUCUCAGGAGGAUCGGUCGAAGAAGCAGACGACGCAGCAAAAGAACGAAAUGACUAUCUCCUCCCAGAGCAAUGUGCUGAGCCAGCGCAAGGUGGACCUCCUCGCAACGGAACAGCAGCUAGCUGCCGCCAACGACUACUAUGAGGAGCUGCACGGAAAGUGUCUCGAUAAGUCCACGAACUUUGCUGCU